AUGUACAUAUACCGACCGCUCCUCGAAGUGAGGGAGUUCCGUCUCCUUCAUCUGCUGCCAGGCAGAUUUGAAGAAACCAUUCAGUGUACGCUUGCCCAUAAGUCUCUGACGGAACUCCCACACUACUUCGCUGUCUCGUACACAUGGGGGGCUCCAGAACUAGCUCGGGAGGUAGAGGUUGACGGGAUUACGAUUCCGGCUCGGGAAAACCUCUUCCAGCUUUUGCGACAUCUCCGUCAGCCGCAUUCGAGUCUCGUUCUCUGGAUCGAUGCUCUCUGCAUCGACCAGAGCAGUAUUCCGGAAAAGAACAUCCAAGUUCCUCUCAUGGGACAAAUAUACUCUUCCGCCAAAUCGGUGUUCGUCUGGCUUGGUCUGCAUGCCGAUGGAAGCGAACGCUUUUUUGACUCUGGUCCCGUUGAUAAUCACUUACAACUGAAGUAUGGAGGUGACACUCCGGGGCUCUCGACCUCGAUUUCGACUGCGGUCGCUACAGACGCAUCUAGAUCUCUCUAUAGCCGAGCGUACUGGACUCGGACAUGGAUAGUACAAGAAAUUGUGCUGGCCUCGAGGGUCGACGUCUUCUGUGGCGACCAAUUCUGUCACUGGAACUUCUUCAUCAAUCACACUCGUGAAAAGAGCGAGUAUGACCGAACGGCUUCAGAUCAUACAAUACGCAACAUCAUGGCUUUCAGGAGCAUGGGCCAGAAAAUGCCCCUACGACGUCUACUGUUUCGAUUUCACAUAACGCGGUGUUUUGACCCUCGAGACCUCGUUUAUAGCCUCCUUAAUAUUGCCGCGGACACUCGAGAUCAAGAUCACGGUAUCAUCGUCGACUACUCCUCUUCCAUCGAGACGCUGUUCAUCCAGACACUUGCUUUCUGUUCAGCGCUGAGUUCUGUGACUGCAUUUGGGCAAGCAGGUGGCCGUGCAAUCGAAUGUCUACGCUUCUGCGAUACUUUGGCGACACGCCUAGGGGCAGGACUAGAAUCAAGUAUUGAUUUUGCAGAGGAUGCGCUGGGAACUCGGUCAAACCCAGUCCUGACCGCGAGGUUGAGCUGCAAGUCUUACUUUGUGCGCUUAAAGCGAUUUGCACGGAUCGGCUUUUCAGACACGCCGCAUUCUGGAGGAGGACGACGAGAUUCUGCGGUGACUCUGAAGAGUUCCAUUCCUCCGCGACCGGACAACUCGGAACCGCGGCAGGUUCUGACGAGAUAUAACAUCCGCAGGAUUCCAGGAAAAGAGCCAUGGAGCAUGUGGAGCCUCGAGGCUUGUCUGACGCUCUCGGAUCUGGUCUUCGCCGUGGAUUUCGAUAGUCCGAACGAACAGAGCCACGAGCUCUGCUGUGUCUGUAGCCCGACUCUCUACGACACAGACUCGGAUGGCGUGAAGUCCUACCAAUACUAUAUUGUCGGCAUGGGAGUGAGCCGACGGCAGACGGUGGUGGUCGACGACGGUGGCACAGAUCAGAGUACUGAUGAACUUGACCAUUGUGCAUUCCUGGGCGGCCGGCUGCGAUCAUUGAACGGUCGUGAAGUAAUUGACGGCCUUCCGCGUUAUGUCCUGGAGUUGACACUGCAAGAACUGGUUGGCAUGUGCCAGUUUGGCCGCGCCACUGGGGCAUACCAGCCUUGGAGUCUUGAGCGAGUCUCUACAGUAACGCACUGGAGGGAGGAUCAAGGGCCAUUCGGAAACUAA